AUGGAAAUGAAACCACUGCUAAACUGUGGAGUUGAAGACCACACCAGUGGAUUUGCGGUCCAGGGAUCAAGAAUCUGCGGCUACCACAACGAAACCACGCGAAACUGGAGACUAGGUGCGCAGGAACGUGGAGUCCAGUUGCCGUCUCUGCCGCCACGGCUUCCUAACCCAAAGAUGGGGAGACAAGAUAUUGAAAUAAGGCUGCAGAACAACCCAGGAGCAUCCACAAGUUCAGACCAAUGGAAGAAAAGAGCAGCAAAACUUGAAUUGAAUGAAACCCAAAAGCAAGAAAUUAAAGAAGCCUUUGAUUUAUUUGAUGUUGAUGGGUCUGGAACCAUAGAUGUGAAAGAAUUGAAGAUUGCAAUGCAAGCCUUAGGAUUUGAACCAAAGAAAGAAGAAAUUAAAAAAAUGAUAGCUGAAAUCGACAAAGAAGGAAAUGGCACCAUUAGUUUUGAAGAUUUUUUUGCCAUAAUGAGUGUAAAAAUGAGUGAGAAAGAAGAAAUAUUGAAGGCUUUCAAAUUAUUUGAUGAUGAUGAUACUGGAAGCAUAACACUAAACAAUAUCAAGAGGGUUGCUAAGGAACUAGGGGAAAAUUUAACAGAUGAUGAACUUCAGGAAAUGCUUGAUGAAGCUGAUCGUGAUAGGGAUGGAGAAAUAAGUGAGGAAGAAUUUUUGAGGAUGAUGAAAAAGACCACUCUUUAUUAA